AUGGCAGAUGAGAUUAUAAAGGCUCAGGCCACUAGACCUGCUAGCAACACAGUCCUCAGGAAGAUCAUUUGCAAGGAAAUCCCAGCCAAAAUAAUUUCUGAGGAUGACCAGUGUCUUGCUUUCCAUGACAUUUCCCUUCAAGCACCAACACAUUUUCUGGUGAUACCCAAGAAAGAUAUAUUUCAGAUUUCUGUAACAGGAGAUGAUGAAAAUUUUCUUGGACAUUUAAUGAUUGCUGGCAAGAAAUAUGCUGUUGAUCUGAGCCUGAAGAAGGGUUAUCAAAUGGUGGUGAAUGAAGGUCCAGAUGGGGGACAGUCUGUCUAUCGCGUUCAUCUCCAUGUUCUUGGAAGUCAGCAGAUGAAUUGGCCUCCUGGUAAAGCAUGUUUUAGGGAUUAUUUUGCCUUCUCUAGGUAA